ACCACAUUCCGUGCAGUAGUUGUUGCAACGUGGAAAUUUAGCAAUAAUUCCAGCAUUUUAAAUCAUUCAAUUGUUUAUCUUAAAAGAGUUAAAAUUUCCCGAUAAAAAUGGCCAAACGUCAGCAACCUGCGUGGCAAGUACCAGCUGCAGCCGAUAAAUCAAAAUUACGUUUAUUUAACAGUUUGACCCGACAAAAGGAAGAAUUUGUGCCGCUGGAUGGUAACAAUGUAACCUGGUAUAGUUGUGGACCCACGGUAUAUGAUGCCUCGCACAUGGGUCACGCUAGAUCUUAUAUAUCUUUCGAUAUUUUGAGACGUGUAUUGUCGGACUAUUUCGGUUACAAUAUUUUGUAUGUGAUGAAUAUCACCGAUAUAGAUGAUAAAAUCAUUAAACGUGCCCGUCAAAAUUACUUGUUCGAUCGUUAUGCCGAAAAGUCAAAGGUUUCACCUUUGCCCGAACUUUUGCAAGAUCAAGCUGCAGUUUUGGCUCAAUUCCAGGAUACUUGCGCAAAAAAUACCGACCCCGAUAAGAAAACUAUGUUGGAUAAACUAUUUGUGCGCAUGAAUGAUGCUGUGGAGUUGCUAACGAAGGCGGUGGCUGGUGGUAAUGCCGAUGCUAUUGCGAAAGCCCGUGAUGUGUAUUUGCAGGAGGCUAAAGAUCCCAUUUCAAAUUGGUUGGAUACGAAAGAGGGUGCCUCGGUGAAUGAUAAUGCUAUAUUUGAGUCAUUGCCUCGCUAUUGGGAGGAUCAAUUUCACAAUGAUAUGAAAUCGUUAAAUAUCCUACCACCAGAUGUUUUGACCCGCGUAUCUGAAUAUGUGCCCCAAAUUGUUACAUUUAUCCAGCGUAUCAUCGACAAUGGUUUGGCAUAUGCCGCCAAUGGUUCCGUCUACUUUGACGUCAAUGGUUUCGACCGGAAAGACAAACAUUUCUAUGCCAAACUGGUGCCUGAAGCCUAUGGUGACACUAAGUCUUUGCAGGAGGGCGAAGGUGACUUGUCAGUGGGUGAGGAACGUUUAACGGAAAAACGUUCACCCAAUGAUUUUGCCCUAUGGAAGGCCAGUAAAGCUGGUGAACCCUUUUGGGACAGUCCCUGGGGCAAAGGUCGUCCCGGCUGGCACAUUGAAUGCUCAGCCAUGGCUUCGGAUGUUUUCGGUCCUACAUUCGAUAUACAUACAGGCGGUGUAGAUCUUAAAUUUCCCCAUCACGACAAUGAAUUGGCCCAAUCGGAGGCAGCUUUUGGCGAGGCCGAAUGGGUUAAAUAUUUCUUGCACACCGGCCACUUGACAAUUGCGGGCUGCAAAAUGUCCAAAUCGUUGAAGAACUUUGUAACCAUACAACAGGCUUUGCAAAAGCAUACACCCUGUCAAUUACGUUUGGCAUUUUUGCUACAUUCCUGGAAGGAUACUCUAGACUAUUCGGAGAAUACCAUGGAAAUGGCCAUACAAUAUGAGAAAUUCUUAAAUGAAUUCUUCUUAAAUGUGAAAGAUUUAACACGUCAUGUCACCUCUGAAGAACCCAGAAGACAAUUUGAUGCUUGGACUCAGGUUGAGGCCGACUUACAAAGAAAAUACAAUGCAAUUCAAACUGCCGUACACAAUGCCUUAUGUGAUAAUGUUGAUACUCGUAGUGCUUUAGAUUGCAUCAGAGAUUUAGUAUCAGCAGCCAAUAUUUAUAUACGCGAUAACAGAGGUCGUUUAAAUAGUCUGCUGUUGCGUAAAAUAGCCGCUUACAUCACAGAUUUACUGCACAUAUUUGGUGCUAUUGUUGGUCCCAGUGGUGGCAUUGGUUUCCCUGUCGGCUCAGCUUCUGGUGAGGGUAAUAUCGAUCUUGAGUCUACGGUUUUGCCCUAUGUGGAGGCUGCUGCCGUUUUUAGAAACCAAGUGCGCGAACUGGCCAAAACUUUGAAAGCUAAUGAAAUUUUAAAUUUGUGUGAUCAACUGAGAGAUGAUAUCUUACCUCAGUUGGGUGUACGUUUAGAAGAUAAGGAGGGUGGUAAUUUUGCAGUUAAACUGGUGGAUCGUGAGACGUUGCUGAAAGAACGCGAGAGUAAAAAGGCUGCUGAAGCUGAACGUUUGGCGGAGAAGGAGCGUAAAAAGCAAGCAGCUGCUGAAGCAGCAGCCGCCAAAGAUGCACAACGUAAAAUCAAUCCCAAGGAAAUGUUUUUGCAAGAAACCGACAAGUAUUCGCAAUUUGAUGAAAAUGGCCUACCCACCCACGACAAAGAAGGCAAGGAAGUUAGCAAAGGUCAACUGAAGAAAUUACAAAAAUUGCAAACCCAACAAGAACAGCGUUACAAGGAAUACUUAGCCUCAGUAAAUGGAGCUUAAUUUUCAACACAGAUUCAAAAAUUAACUAUACUCUUCACUCAUUUCCCAAUAAAAAUCCAAAAAAAAAUAUAAUAAAUUCUUUUACUGUA